AUGGAGCUUCACCGACGGAAAAUCAAGCCCGGAAUCUUCUACGCCGCGUGUGGCAGGGAGGAGACCAUCAUCCACAGAUUCUGGCGCUGCCCCCACUCACGCCAUUACUGGAAGCUGCUUGGCGACACGGUGGCCACCCCCUUAGCAGGACUGCCUGAAGGGAUUGUGGCCUACAGCGGAAUGAGAGCUUGGGUGUUGGACUGGCUGAGUAGGACGGGGAAUGAAGAAAGGGAGAUGGUCUUGAGGAGCUGGUACGAGCUAUGGUUAGCACGUAAUAAGGCAAGGGGCACUCACCAAAUGGAAGAUCCACAGCUGAUCGUUCAACGAGUACUGUACCUAGCGGAAGAGUGGAUGUCGAGCAAGGACACGGUGAUCAAACAGGCAGUAGAAAGGGGACCGGAUAAGUGGAGCAAACCUGACGAUGGUUGGGUUAAAGUGAAUUCUGAUGGGGCGCUGGGCAAACACCAAGGAUCAGGAGGAGGAGGAGCUGUUCUCAGGAACAACCAUGGUGAGUUCAUUGCGGGAGCGUGCCAUUUUUCCCCUCUUGCUGCUGAUGCGGAGACGGUGGAAUUACUAGUGUGCCGACGAGCUGUUAUCCUUGCCCAAGAACUAAACAUCCAGAGGGUGAUCCUUGAGAGAGACUCACAGGUAGCCGUCUGGAAGAUCUCGAGUGAACAGAAGGAUCUAUACGGCAAUGAGCAAAUAGUAGAAGAGUUGAAGACGCUACUCUCUACGUUUAGUGGUUUUAGAAUUGCUUGGAGUGUAUAA